AUGCUCACUUCAUGUUCGUGGCAUCUCCUCUUGUCUCUCUUUUGCAGUGUUCUUGUUAUUCAGACACGCUGCCAUGAUCCAAAGACGUAUAUCGUAUGCAUGGGGGAGCAUCCGAAGGGAAUGAAAGUCACAAAAAAGCAUCACAUGAGUUUGGUUCAAAGAGUCCUUGGCAAUGGCAGAUGGCUUUCUUCCAUAAAAUCUGCAUCAGAAGCCUGCUUUACUCCUACAACAAGAAUCUCAAUGGAUUUGCGCAAAACGCACAAGCUCCGAGCAACGAGGUCAUGGGACUUCAUAGGGUUUGCACAGCAAGUGAAAGGAACAAGUAUGGAGAGUGACAUCACCGUUGGUGUAAUCGAUUCCGGAAUUUGGCCCGACUGUGACAGCUUCAAGCCUUCAACGACCAAGGACUCAAUCCACCGCCCGGGAAAUGGAGAGGAUCUUGUCAAAACAUCUCUUGCAAUAGCUCAGCGAGUCUAUUUCGGCCAGGCUCAGGCAUUGCAAGAGGGGGAGUACUAUCUGCUCAUAUUGCUGUGUACAAAAUUUGUUGGUCAUCUGGUUGUCAAUGAUGCUGACGUUCUCGCAGCUUUUGAUGAAGCAAUCUCUGAUGACGUUGACAUACUUUCUGUGUCACUUGGUUCUCACACACUCAUAUACCGUGACUUGUUUCAAGACACAUUUGCAAUAGGAGCUUUCCAUGCAAUGAAGAAAGGCAGUCCAACCUCAAUCGCUGCCAAUAACUUGGGUCCAGGACUUUCCACCAUGACCAGUUUUGCGCCUUGA